UCUUUCCUGGGGAGGACACAGCCGUCCAUGAGCACCGUCCCGUCGUGUGAGCUGUCCCACCGUGUCUCUGUAACUGCCGCCAGGUCAUGAUCUCCUGCCCGAACACACGUUUCUGCCUCCUCCUGCUUGCUCCCCACGCUGUGCCUUGGUGUGCAGGCACUUCAGAGAGCGAGCUGCGCACACCGAUUUCACCCAGGGGGACGGGCGGCCUCCCGGUCUUCAUCAACUCUGGGGUGCAGCCCCACAGGUGCCAGCCCAGCUACCACCCCCCCGCUUCGCAUCCAGUGCGGAACUCGUGGAGAAUGAAACACAAUCCUGAGCCCGCGCAGGGGAAGCGGAGGGGACGCGUGAGGGGACGUGCAGAGAUCGCUCACCCGUGUCCCGCCCGCCCCGGGCUGCAGCGGGACCCACGCGCGCGGCCGCUACGCGCGUUCCCGCCUCGGCCGCGCGGACACGCGCGGGGACCGGCCGCCUGGCGCCGGGGGGCGCCCGCCGCCCAACAGCGCCCCCUGGCGGCCGGGGCGCGCAGGGCCGGGGCGCAGGCGCCGUUGCGCUGGAGGCGCGUCCGGGCCCGGUGGCGAUGGCGGCGGCCAAGGGGGACGGGGCGGUGGGGGAGCUGGAGCUGCAGGCGGCCAUCGGCUUCAACGGACAUGUUCCCUGUGGCCUCAUCUGCCACCCCGACAGGGAGCACAUCCUGUACCCCCUGGGCUGUACGGUGGUGAUUCAGCACCUGGACACUAAGAAACAGAGUUUCUUGCAUGGCCACACCGAUAACGUGUCCUGCGUUGCCGUGUCCAGGGAUGGGAUGUACGUCGCUUCAGGACAAGUCACCUGCAUUGGAUUCAAGGUGGGUAAUGCUCUGAUUUUGUGAAAAAUGCAGUUGCGAUUUGUGCUAAGAUGUUUAAUGUUUACAGAUAUAACUAAAUGAGGCACGGGCUCUGAACCUGGAAAAAGGCGGUUAAGUUCUAUGUAAAAAGUUAUGAAACUUGCUUAUGAUGCUAUAUUGACAGAGGGAACUAACAUUUUAAGGGUUAACUAAACUUAUAAUGGGUGCCUACUAACGAACUAACACUUUAAGGCUUAGUCACACAAUAAAUGCUUAGUUUAG